CGUCAGGACAAAGUCUUUGCAGCCGCUCUUUGAAGAUGGGGAUUAUUGAAGAUGUUAAGGACACACUGUCAAAGGCAGUGUUUAAUCCAUCAAGCUUGAUGACCGGGCGCGGUGGGCUCCAUAUGGCUCAGAUCAUCCUGUGUCUGGUCACCUUUGUCCUGGGAAUGUUCAGAGGAGGGAGCACUCAUACCUACUGGAACUACGCCAUGUUCACCUGGGCCUUCUGCCCCAUCAUGACUCUCGUCAUCACUGUCAUUGAGAUGUUUGGACUCGAUAAGAUCCUUGAUUUGUUCUGCAUGGACUGGGGGGAUUUCACCACAGUUUGUACAAUUUACAAGGAGGAAGAGAGCUUGGAGGAGAAAAGAGAAAAGGCAUUGUGUUGGCUGGACUGACCACUUCUUCUCUGGCUGCAGCCCUAUCACCAGCAGGGGGCGCAUCCAACACAAUUCAACACAAGAAGAGCUAAACAUGACAGCAGAAGAAAAUGUACAGAAAAAAAA